AUGGGAAGAUGGGAUCCAGACAAGAGAAUUUGGAACAACAGCGUUUUUUGGCAAGAGUUGCGACAGGAGACAAUGGAUCUCAUAGUUCAGCACCUUGGAGAUGAGCGCAAGCUUGAUAGGGCAUGCUUUGAGAUGGCAGUGAAGGGAGAAGCUGGCUGUGAUAUAGUUUGUGAUGAGAACCUCAAACAAAACUUGAGGGAGCUUUGGAUGCGCAAGUUACGGCAACAUGGAAGUGUUUUGGAAGCCCUGGACUACAGGGCACCAGGGCAGCCCUUCUACUUGAGGCUCUUCAAGGAGCUGCUGGCCAUUUCAGGUGAUGUGGAUAGAGACUUCCUCCUCCAAGGAGAGGUGGGAUACCCAGUUGGGGUGGACCUGCCGUUACCUCGCACACCACAUGUCUUCGAAGAACAGACCAGCUGGAAAUUGGAGAACGACCCGCACAUGCAGGAAGAAAUUUGGAGGUCGAAUUAUCAGUCAGUGGAGGCGCACAAAGACUUCGUGCGACAACACUUUGAGGAAGAGUGUGCGGAAGGCUUGAUGGAAAAACUAACCGUCAAGGAGGCCAAAGCCAAAUAUGGGAAGCGCAUAGCCAUCUCCUCACUGGCAGUCCUGGUGGAAGAAAACCACCAGGGAAAAAGACGUGUCAUUCACGACGCCACCCAUGGGACACGGAUCAACAACCGCAUCAGGUGCAGAGACAAGGCUUCAGUCUUCAGUUUGGUUGGUGAUAUCAGUAAGGCGCACAGGCGCUUUUUACAUGCGCCUGAAGAGCGUGGCUUGCUGUCCUGCAGGAUCAGCGAGGAUGACGUGUACAUAUACGUCAACAAGGUUGGAACCUUUGGACUGGCCUGUGCCUCCUAUUGGUGGGCAAGGAUAGCAGGAGCCGGGAUCAGGCUGAUGCAUGAAAUGUUGGGACCCCAGAUGCCUGUCGACUUGCUGAUCUUUGCAGACGAUCUGGAAGCGAUAGCAUCUUCGGCUGGGGGUCGCAGAGGCAUCACCCUCAGUUUUCUUUCCCUGUCCUGCCUGGGCUUCCCUUUCAAGUGGGCCAAACAGAGAGGAGGGCUGCGUGUUGAGUGGAUAGGCUUGUUCACAGACUACACAAGCUACAAAAUAGGACUUUCGCCGAAGCGUGCAGAGUGGAUGCAGAGCUGGGUCAUGAAGCUGGCGUCUGAAGGGUGCACGACCCCGAAAGUCUUUGAGCAGGGCCUUGGGCGUUUGGGCUUCUCUGCCCUGGCGCUGCUGUGGGAGAAACUUUUCCUGGGCCCGCUAUACAGCUGGUCGGCGGCAAUCAGAAACAAGAAAGGGACGAUGAGGCUCCCGGCUAUGUUGAGGGCUAUCCUGCUCUUCCUGGGCGAGAGGUUCAAGGAGGGCGGACAGCUACAAGAGGCACCCCCCCUUAAACGGGGGACAGAGGAGGUGGACGACCUUCUUUUCUUCACAGACGCCAGGGCCACGGAGAGCGGUGCUUGGAUAGGUGGCUUUCUUCAAAGUCAAGAAGGCAAAGUUCUGGCCUGGUUUUCUGAGGAGGUCAAAGAAGAUUGGGCGGACUGGCUUCGUCUUCGGAAAGACCCCAAGCGACUGAUUGCGUCGUUGGAGCUGCUUGCAACCUUGGUGGCGAUCAAACUUUGGGCGCCAGUGGGUAACAGAGAAGUCAGGGCCAAAUGUUGGAUCAGGGGGAAGACAGACAACCUGGGAAAUGCCUACGCCAUUUCAAAAUGGAUGUCAACGAAAUUUCCCCUUACGGUUUUGGUGAUGGAGCUUUCCGAAUCUCUGCGGCUAGGCCAUUGCUACCUAGCGCUUGACUGGCUGAGGAGAGAUCGGAACCAGUUAGCAGACGACCUUUCCAACAUGAAGUUUGACAGUUUCAACAUGGAGCAACGCGUACGGUGGGUGCCGCAGGAGCAGAAAUGGCACGUUCUCACCAGGUUUCUGCAACAUGCCAAAGAGUUUCAUGAGGAAAUGCGGAAGAGAAAGAUGGAGCCCUCACCCAAAGAAUCAGCAAAGAAGAGGGCACGUACGAAGGGGCUUGGCCCUUGGUGA